GCUAGCCGAGCAUGGAUGGGCGCGCACCCGUCGGACUGUCCGAAGCCAAUUGCUGUCCGGCCUAUCUACACGUGUAAUCUCGUGCCUUGCUUCGCUUGCCCUCGCCUCCAAGAUAACGAUGCCGGGACGCCCCGAUAUAAACCGCCCGCUGCCCUGCAGGUCGACCUCCACCUCUAUCGGUCAGCCAAGAUCGUCUUGUCAGCUGAAAGCACGCGACCAUGAAGGGAACCGCCGCUUCCGCCUUGCUCGUCGCCCUCUCUGCCACCGCCAUCCAGGCGCGUCCAGUGGUCGAUGAACGGUAUCCCUACACCGGGCCUGCCGUCCCGGUUGGUGAUUGGGUCGAUCCCACCGUCAAUGGCAACGGGAAGGGUUUCCCUCGGUUGGUCGAGCCCCCGGCUGUCAAGCCCGCCACCGCCAACCCCCGGAACAAUGUGAAUGUCAUUUCGCUGUCGUAUCUCCCCACGGGUAUGCACAUUCAUUAUCAGACUCCCUUCGGACUCGGCAAGCUGCCCGCCGUCAAGUGGGGCGAGAACCCGAAGAACCUGACCAACAUUGCGUUGGGUUACUCCCACACGUACGACCGCACGCCGUCCUGCUCGGAAGUCAAGGCCGUCACCCAGUGCAGUCAGUUCUUCCACGAGGUGGGCAUCAACGAUCUGGAGCCCGAGACCACCUACUACUAUCAGAUUCCUGCGGCCAAUGGCACCACGGAGUCGGAUGUCCUCACCUUCACCACCAGUCGUCCUGCUGGCCACCCCGGUCCGUUUAGCGUCGCAGUGCUGAAUGACAUGGGUUACACCAACGCAAAGGGCACCCACAAGCAGCUGCAAAAGGCGGCUCACGAGGGAGCGGCAUUUGCCUGGCACGGUGGUGACAUCAGUUACGCCGAUGACUGGUACUCUGGUAUCCUCCCCUGUGCGGACGACUGGCCCGUUUGCUACAACGGCACCAACUCCACCCUCCCGGGUGGUGGUCCUCUCCCGGCCGAAUACAAGAAGCCCCUGCCCGCCGGCGAAGUCCCAGACCAGGGUGGCCCGCAGGGUGGUGACAUGAGCGUGCUGUACGAGUCCAACUGGGAUCUCUGGCAGAACUGGCUGAACAAUGUCACCCUUAAGCUCCCGUACAUGGUCCUGCCCGGUAACCACGAAGCGUCCUGCGCUGAGUUCGACGGUCCGGGUAACGUUCUGACUGCUUACCUGAACGACGACAUCUCCAAUGGCACUGCUCCCACCGACAACCUGACCUACUACAGUUGCCCGCCUUCCCAGAGAAACUUCACCGCGUACCAGCACCGCUUCCGCAUGCCUGGUCCUGAGACCGGAGGUGUCGGUAACUUCUGGUACUCGUUCGACUACGGUCUGGCCCACUUCGUCUCGAUCGACGGUGAGACCGACUUCGCCAACAGCCCCGAAUGGAACUUCCAGGAGGAUGUCAGCGGCAACGAGACCCUGCCCACUGAGACUGAGACCUUCGUCACCGACAGUGGUCCGUUCGGCAAGGUCAACGGCAGCGUCCACGAUACCAAGGCCUAUGAGCAGUGGCACUGGCUGAAGCAGGAUCUGGCCAAGGUCGACCGCAGCAAGACCCCGUGGGUGUUUGUGAUGAGCCACCGUCCCAUGUACAGUUCUGCCUACGCCUCGUACCAGCUGCACGUUCGUGAGGCUUUUGAGGGUCUGCUGCUCCAGUACGGCGUGGAUGCCUACUUCUCGGGUCACAUCCACUGGUACGAGCGUCUUUGGCCCCUAGGCCGCAACGGCACUAUCGACACCUCCGCCAUCGUCAACAACAACACCUACUACACCCACAACCACAAGUCGGUGACCCACAUCAUCAACGGCAUGGCUGGUAACAUCGAAAGCCACAGCGAGUUCAGCGACGGCGAGGGUCUGACCAACAUUACCGCUUACCUGGACAAGGUCCACUACGGCUUCAGCAAGCUGACCAUCUACAACGAGACCGCCGCGAAGUGGGAGUUGAUCCGCGGCCAGGAUGGGGGUGUUGGUGAUGAGCUCACCCUUCUCAAGCCGCGUGCCUCGGGGGUUCCCAGCUUCCACCAUUAAAUAGCAGCAUAAUGAACAGAUGAGCGAGUGGCGUCUGCCACGAUGUGCAAUGAGUAUGAUGGAUGGAUAUGUUGGAUGUAAUUUACGACUGAGCAGACGUGUGUACAUGAUAAAAGUACUUGGUAGACUUAGUAUAUAAUUAAUUUACCUGAGAGAUAU